AUGGCUCGAACUUCAAAUUCAGAUUCUUUGACAGCAAUGGAUAUAGAAAGAGAUUUGGAAGAACAGAAAAAUGUUCAGAAGAAGGCAAGGCAUUGGGAAUUGGUUUUCGAUCAGAUACAUGUCACGCCAGAAGUUCUAAACUACCCAUAUAAGGGUUCGGGGACGGAAGCAGAUCCUUUUGUGGUUGAAUAUAUUCCGGGUGAUCGAAGGAACCCGAUGAAUUUUCCCAUGUUGAAGAAAUGGGUCAUCACUAUACUUCUUGCAUUUGCGACACUAGCAGUAUCUUUUGUUUCUUCGGCGUAUACUGGUGGUGUUGAACAGAUUCUCGAAACUUUUAAUGUCGGUACGGAAGUCGUUACAUUAGGGGUCUCACUCUUUGUGUUAGGUUUUGCUAUCGGACCGCUUAUUUGGGCUCCUCUAUCAGAAUUGUAUGGCCGCCAGGUCCUAUUCAUAGGUACUUAUGCUAUGCUCACUGCUUUCAAUGCUGGAGCUGCCGGAGCACAAAAUAUCCAGACGCUUUUGAUCAUGCGAUUUUUUGCAGGAGCUUUCGGUAGUUCACCCCUUACCAAUGCAGGCGGUGUUAUUGCAGAUAUGUUCUCUGCUGCUCAACGAGGAGUUGCCAUGAGUAUCUUUGCUGCGGCACCAUUCUUGGGUCCUGCCAUUGGUCCGAUUGUAGGAGGAUUUUUGGGAGAAACAAAAGGUUGGAGAUGGGUUGAGGGACUUAUGGCCAUCUUUACCGGAGUCCUUUGGAUUAUUGGUGGCCUCACUAUCCCGGAAACUUAUUCGCCAGUCAUUCUUCGCCGUCGAGCCAACAAGAUGUCAUCUUUGACCGGCAAAGUCUACAAGUCCAAAAUGGAAGUCGAUCAUGGCUCGAAAUCCAUAUCUGCGGAGUUCAAAACGGCACUCUCAAGACCUUGGAUCUUGUUGUUUACAGAACCUAUUGUGUUAUUGUUAAGUUUAUACAUGGCAAUCAUAUACGGAACCUUGUAUAUGAUGUUUGGAGCAUUCCCCAUUGUAUACCAAGUACAACGCGGUUGGAGUCCUGGUGUUGGAGGGUUGGCUUUCUGCGGUGUGGCGGUUGGAAUGAUAGCCGCAGUUAUUUACUCACUAUGGGAUAACAAACGGUACAACGCUACAGCCGCGAAGCAUAAUAACGCCGCUCCACCCGAAGCUCGACUCCCACCUGCCCUCAUCGGCAGUAUUUGUUUACCAGUUGGGCUCUUUUGGUUUGCAUGGACCAACUCUCCAAAGAUUCAUUGGAUUGUUAGCAUCAUCGGCGCUGCGCCAUUUGGAUUCGGUAUGGUGUUGGUAUUUUUGAGUAUCAUGAAUUAUCUCAUUGAUUCAUACGUUCUUUACGCCGCUUCCGUUUUGGCGGCAAACAGUGUGCUUCGCUCCUUGUUUGGGGCCGCGUUCCCCCUCUUCACUACUUAUAUGUACAACAACCUAGGUAUACAUUGGGCAAGUUCCAUCCCUGCUUUCCUCGCAUUGAUUUGCGUACCAUUCCCAUUCCUCUUCUACAAAUAUGGAGAAGCUAUCCGGAUGAAGUGUAAGUUUGCUGCAGAAGCGGCACGUGUACUGGCAGAGAUGAGAGGAGAGUCUGCAAAUGAAGACGAAGCUGAGCUAAGGAUGGAGGACAUGCAGGAACAGGAAGCGAGGACGUUAGAUGUUCAUGAUGGGAGUGAGACAGAGGAGAUUGUUGGGGUCUCAGAGAAAAGUGAGACGAAAAUAAAUAAGUGA